AAUAGCUGGCUAUUUGGAUGUGUAAAGCAUAGCAUGCUCUUCAUACUCUUUGUGAGGGAGCCUCACCCUAGCCUAAGCAGAUCCCACUCAUCGCGGCCUGGAACCCCUCAGUACAACCAGUUAAACCCUUAAAUUUGGCGCUUCCGUUUUAUUACUUUCUAAUCGAAUCGUGUGGACCACCGUUGAUUAAACACAAUGUCAUACGCAUCAAGACUUCCUGCGUCCUGGAAUGACACAUUUCCUGCUCGGAAAGUGGAAAUUGACCUGAGUUCUCCUGGAUUGGCAGUGGGUGAACUGGAAAGACUUUUAUUUACUGGCAAAGCCAUCUGCAGCCAUGCAGAUGAAGUAUGGCCGAAGCUUUACAUUGGAGACCAGCAUAGUGCAGAAAACCUGGCUGAUCUAUCUCUGCAGCGCAUUACCCACGUCCUGAACGCGGCCCAGUGUCGUCGACACGCUGGGGCUGAUUUAUACAAGGGUACGAGUAUUACAUAUAUGGGCAUUGAGGCCCGCGACUCUUGCAACUUUGACCUGAGUCCUAACUUCCAGAGAGCAGCCUGCUUCAUAGACGGAGCUCUCGGUAGAGGCGGGAGGGUCCUCGUCCAUUGCCAGGUCGGAGUUAGCCGCUCCGCCACCCUGGUCCUGGCCUACCUCAUGUUGAAGCAGAGGCUGACCCUGGUUGAGGCCAUAUGUGCUGUUAAAAACCACAGGGGGGUGGUCCCAAACCGAGGCUUCCUGAGGCAGCUUAUACAACUAGACGGUCAACUCUUUGGACCUCAUCAAUACAAACAUGUUUAGUCCAGCUUUGUUUUGUUCAAAUACUGGUGGGACACCAUGCAGAGGCGAGGUUCCCCUGAGCGACCGGUUGACAAUCUGUCUAAAAAACAGACAUUGUUCAUGUCAAACAUUAGUAGUGACUCAUGCAGGGUCAAGGGCAACACAAAAGUAUAGCAAUGGUUAUUUUUUGUAUUAGUUUGUAAUUGCAAACAUCAACUGUGGUCGAUCUUCGGGGUUCUUCCUGGAGCAUCUGCACGUUGUUAAUCCAUAAUUUUAAUCCAUGCAAUAUUGACACACAUUAUCAUUUUCCAUCUAAUAUAGGGACAUGAAGCAGAAGGGUGGACGUUUUUCGCUUUUUCAAACCAAUAAACUGCAGAAUGUGAUGAUUAAAAUCACAAUAUAAACAUAAUUAAAGUUUGCGGCUACACUGACUGGUGACUGAGUGUCUAUAUGUUGUGUGAUCUAACAGUGGUGUGGUGCAGGUUGGGGGUAUCCCUCCCCAUAAUAACCCCUUACUGCUCAUUACAAUGUUUGAGCUGUGAAGAAAUAUAUUUUUCGACAGAGAUUAGAGAGAAUGUGGAUCUCACGAAUCAUUUAAUAAUUGUAAGUACUUUUAAAUGCUGCAAAAUGGUAGAGUGAGAGCGAGAGAGAGCACUGUGGGUUGAAGAAUAUACAGGAUUCAAACGGACCAUAGAU